AUGGCGGCCGGCUCCGCCAAGCUGAAGGACCAGGGGGCAGAACUCUUGGACCUGCCCCUUUUUGGCGGCCGGGUGCCCGAGCGGGAGGGCACUGGCGCGAUGGCCGCAGACGGGCGCGGCGCGGCGCCGGCACUGUCCUCGCACACGAAGGGCGUCCUGGUAACCAUCGCGGGCGUGGUCUGCCUGUCGCCCGACAGCGUGCUGGUACGCUACGCGGAGCUGCAGCUGCCGCAGGCGAACUGCGUCGUGCUGCACAAGUACCUCUUCAAGCUCCUCGCGACGUUCGUCGGGCUCGGGCUGGUGGCGUACGGCGGCCCGCGGGGGUACCUCGCUCAGGCGAGGGCGGCGGGGUGGCACUUCUGGGCGGCGGCGGUUCUCCAGUGCGUCCAGGAGCUGCUCUUCACCCUGGGGGCGCUGCACACGACCGCCGCAGAUAACCUGGUGUUCCUGAGCCUCAGCCCGCUGUGGUGCGCGCUGUUCAGCGUGGUGUGGUUUCAGGAGUGGCCGCAGCGGCACACCGCUCUGGCCCUGGUCGUGAGCCUGGGGGCCGUGGCGCUGGCGUUCUGGGGCGGCACGCGCGAGGAGGCGGCGUCCGGGAGGCAGUCGGUCCUGGGUAACACAAUCGCCCUGUGCUGCGGUGUCGCGAUGGCCGCCCUCCUGACAGUUUGUCGUCACGCGGAGAUCGCGCGCCCGCAGGCGACGCUCGUCCCCGCCGCGCUGCCCGCAUCGGUCUUUUCCGUCGCACUGGGCGUCGUCUUGGCGCAAGGCCGCGUCGGGGAGGAGUGCUGGCCCGCGUCUGGGGUGGCCGGGCUGGUGCCCAGCGCUCUGAACGGCGCCGCGUUGCUGCCCGUGGCGGACGCCCUCUUCGCCAUUGCCCCCAAGUACAUAUUGUCCUCCGAGGUCGGUAUGUUCAUGCUGCUCGAGCUCGUGCUCGGCCCUUUCCUCGUGUGGAUCGCGAUGCGGGAGACGCCGUCGCCGUGGACGCUGGUCGGCGGUGUGAUCUUGAUGGUGGCACUGGCGUGCAACGAGUACAUGUCGUUGCGCCACGAGGUCGCGGCACUCGCCGCCAAGGCGCCCGGCGCCAGUGCCCGCUCGGCGGGCGCGGCCGAUCCUCCGCCCAGGGAGGGGCCGCGUGCGACGGAGUCGCGGGGGGCGGCGGGCGACGGGGAUGCGGCCCGCGAGGCCGCCGCCGAGGUGUGGGUGUGA